AUGCCCAUCCUCGGCGACUCCAUACGUGGUCUCCUCCCAUCUCUGAGCGUACCCUCUACAUUUCUAAUACCGCCGCCCGUGCGCUGGAUUACUGGCGCGCUCCGCACAUCUCCCUCUCGCAGUUUCAAUAUCGCCGCCUUGCUCCUCCCUUCUGACGUCUACCUCAAACAACUUCAUCAACGCACCACCAAUUCCCACCUCGGUCGUAUCGCCAACUCCAUAGACGCCUACGCCGCCGACAUACGCAAUUUCCGUCGCAAGGCCAACCUUCCGCUCCAAGAGCUCGCCCAGUUCAAGUCGACCGCCGACGAAGAAUUUGCCACCGUUUACAACGAGCGCCCACCCCGUGCACGUCUCAUCGACAUUUCCGCGGACCGCAUCGUGCUUGAUACAGACGUGGCGCACAAACACCGUAGCCUCGACUGCGACGAUUGGCUCGCCGGGUGGGAAACCAAGCUAUCAUCCAUUGAGGAUGACCCCACGCAGACUUAUGCCUUCGCGGACGGGUCCGCUCUGCCAAACAAACAAUCUCGCUCGACGGCGAGGCUCUGCGCUCAAUGCGGUCGCACCCAGUCCGCGGGUACGGUCAUUCUGACGGGCCGCUGCUCACCCUUCAAUGUCGAAGCAUUUGCUAUCAACCUGGCUAUCAAUGCUCUCACGAACCUCAACGACGCCUCCGAUAUCCACGUCUUCGCCGACAAUAAUCCUGCAAGCUGCUUCAAGCCUGGCCAGCCGCAAAUCCUGGCCACAUUGUCCUCCACUGGUGCCGGGGCUACGUCGGCAUCAAACUCAACGAACUAG